AUGACAUUCUGUGCGAGUGCACUUGAAGAGCAGAAUGUAUCAAUCUUCAUUAAUACUCAAAAAUCACUUGGCGGUAAUUACACUAGUCGCGGACUAGGCAGGAUCUUGCAUCUUAAAGCAAUGAUGAAUCCAGUUGAUAAGAAGUUUGGUUGGACGUGUCUUGUUGUAUUUCCUAAAGGAAACAAUGGUGACUACUUGUCUCUAUAUCUGGACGUUGCUGAUUUUGAAACACUGCCUUGUGGAUGGAGAAGAUAUGUGAAACUGAGACUUACUGUUGUGAAUCAACUUUCACCAAAACUGUCCGUGGUGAAAGGUGAUAGCACUGCUUUGAUGGAAAGUCGACAACUUGGGGUUCCAGCAAUGCUUCCGCUUUUCAAACUUCAUGAGAAUGAUGGUGGGUUUCUUGUGAAGGGACAAGUGAUGAUUGUUGCAGAGUUGGAUAUUUUUGAAGUAAUUGGCACAUUUGAUGAUGUGGUGGCUGCUGAGUCUAGUGACCUGCUUAAGAAAACUUCACUUGGGAUCAAUGCCAAUGGGAUUAAGCAGGUUGAAAAUUCAGUGAAACCCCCUCCAAAGAAAACUUGGAACAGAAAGUUUGAUUAUUGUUGUUGA